CAGCUUACAGAUUCUUAAAAAACAGUGACCUCAAAAGUUACGUGAUGUGAUUCUUAAGAAUUAUUUAGAAUUAUUAAGUAUUAUAGCCUUAAAUACUAAAACAAGAGCUUUGGAAUACAUAGACAAGACCUCUGACACCAAAAUGACAAUGAAAGAUAUACUUGCUAUGAUAACAACAAUGCAAAGUACAAUACUAGAACACCUAGAUAUGUUCACUGAAUCCACUAAACUGUUCCCUCCAAAAUUGAUGCUGGAAGAAGAGACAACACUAGAAAGUAAAAUAUUGAAACCUGAUACUGGAUUUAUUUCUAAAGCCUCUAUAUCUGUUGAAUGCAAUUCAGAAUCAUCUAGAAGACUAAAGGAAAUUGAAACAGUUUUAUCAACCCUUCAAGACACAAAACAAAAGACUGAAGAUGACAUAUCAGAAUUAAAACAACGGAGAGACAACUUUGUAACAGAACAAAGUGAAGUGGGGAUAAAAAUUGAAAAGUUGUCAAAGAAACAAAAACAGAAUUUAAAAAACUUAAGAAAACAAAUAAAUGAACAAGAUAAAAAAAUAGAAGAUCUGAAUCAAGAAAUUGAAAGUUUAAAAACCAAAGAAUCAGACACAGACAAAACACUGGAGAAACUGUCUCUAGAUAUGAAAGAAUAUGAAAACAACCUACACACACUGAAUAAAGAGAUGAGAGUUUACACAGACAAAACAGAUCAUGAAACAUAAGAA